UAAGGCAAAGCAUUUUGUACCAGGCAAAGAGGAAACAAGUACAAAAGUUGCCCUUGCUGUCACAAUGCUACAAAGGAUCCUUCCAAAAGCUCGUGUUGUGUACUGCAGUGCAACUGGCGUAACGGAUGUUAAAAAUAUGGCAUUCAUGGAGCGACUUGGUCUGUGGGGAGAUGGGACAGCAUUCAAGUCAUUUGAUUCUUUUCUAACCAGCAUCAGUAAGAGAGGACUCGGUGCUGCUGAAAUGUUAGCUAUGGAGAUGAAGGCAUCUGGAAUGUAUGUCUCCAGAGGACUUAGCUUCAGACAAGCUGAGUUUGUUAAUGUAGAGGCUCCUUUAACAGCAGAUCAGAUUAAAGUUUAUGACACAGCAGUUCAUGUUUGGUAAGCAUGCAGCAAUCAGUUUCCAUUUUCUCAUUACUAUCUGAUAACAACUCAAAGGAGGUAGGCUUUGAGAAUGAAGGACCUGACCAUAUUCUCAAAUCCUAGUGGGAUGUCAGCUUUUCUUUUUGUAGUAAGUCAUGUUGUCAUUCUCUUU